CCACCUUUCAACCACUCCUACAACGCACACCCUCACGCGCAUCCUCCGCGCGUCAUCCACAACGCCCUACCGUAUUAUACAUACGACAACGUCGUUGGUUAUGCAAAACCGCCAGCAAACCCCUUCUCAACAACCAUUCUUCUUUUUUUUCUCCUUCAAUGGCGCCUCUUCAGAGCUGAAUCGCUAUCACCCAUUUCAAGAAAUCGAAAAUCGCGCCGAGGGUCUUUUUGCGCCGCCCGAAAUGGUGGUGGAAAGCUCGGGAAUCGACGGCGAGGUUACUGUGAAAGUAGAGCCGCCGGAAGUGGUUGUUCUCGAUGACUGUGAUGUGGAUUACGGCUGCGGCGAUGGUGGGAAUGGAGGGUUGGGUUUGGGUCUGAGAUCAAUGGAAGGGGUGAAGGAGGUGGGCGGUCCGCCGCCAUUUUUGAGCAAGACAUUUGCAAUGGUGGAUGAUCCUAACACCGACGCCAUUAUCUCUUGGGGAGCUUCUAAGAAGAGCUUUGUUGUUUGGGACCCACACAGAUUCGCCACCGAGCUUCUUCCCCAACACUUCAAGCACGCCAACUUCUCUAGCUUCAUUCGCCAGCUUAAUACCUAUAAAUUCAGGAAAAUUGAUUCAGGGAGAUGGGAAUUUGCAAAUGAAGCCUUUCAGAAAGGGAAGAAGCAUUUGCUCAAGUAUAUCAAGAGGAGGAAGCAACACAAUCAUCCCGCGAUGCAGCAGCAAGGAGGGGCAGAAAAUAGGGUAGGAGCUUGUAAGAAUGGGGCAGCAGAGGUUGAGCUACAAAAGCUUAGAACUGAUCAGAGCACCUUGAAGAUGGAAGUGAUGACGCUAAAGCAACAACAAGAGACAACAGAAAGUUAUUUGGCCAGUAUCGAAGAAAAAUUAGAACUUGCUGAGACUAGGCAAAAGCGUAUGGUAGUUUUCAUGGCUAAAGUGUUAAAGAAUCCCCUCUUUAUUCAGUGUUUGAUUGGGAAAAUGAAGCAGAAUGCUGCACUAAGAGGCUGUGAAGCAACAAAGAAGAGAAGAUUGGCUGCCUUAGAAAGCCAUGAACUUUUGGCAAAGGCCACUGAUGACAUGAUUAUUACCACUGCUAAUGAAAGCGUUGAUGUGAAACCUCUCGUGGCUCAGGCUUCGUUGGUAGAUCAAUCAGAGGUCCCGAUGCUUUUCAAUGGUGUAGAAUCAAACAGGUCGGUUGAGGAGCAACAGGCCAACAUUUUCUCUGAGAAUUUCUUCGCGUGGGAGAAGCUCAUGGAGGAGGAUACUAUGAUUUAUGAAAACAUAGUAACAGCUGAAGAACACCAAUCCAACAUUGUUUAUGAGUUGGAGGAUAUGUUGGCUGGAGACUUGGUGGAGCAAGACAACUGUCCUGUCUCAGUGCCACAAGCUAUCUGCAGUGAAGAAAGCAGUAUGGGAUCCCUCCUGGAUUAACUAAUGGGUAUUCAUUAAUUAGCCAUGCUAGUUCUUAUUACCCAAGUCAAAUUUUCUGUUGUUUUAAGAUCACUAGAGUAUUACCGAUCUAUGAUGCACAAAAACUCUCAAGGAUGAACAUAUAUUUUCACGUUCAAAAUUGAAACUUAC